AUGUCGGGAGAGCAGAUCUCUUCCCCGUCCAAGUACAGAGGGACGCAGGGCUGCAGAGUGAAAGGCUCCAUCCUGCAGAGGGAUCUGGCUGCUUCAGUCACCACCACCAUCCACGGGAAGCCAGUGGAGGUAGUUGAGGAGUACAAAUACAUGGGAGCCAUCUUUGACAACCUCCUGAAAUUUUCUGCCAACACAGAGGAGAUUCUCAGGAGGUGUCACCAACGGCAAUACCUCCUUAGGAAACUCAACUCCUUUGGAGUCAGCACACCCAUCAUGAUGACUUUCUACUAUGCCUUCCUGGAAAGCAUCAUGUCUUCUCCAUCACCUCCUGGUUCCACUCCCUCAGCCUUCAGAACGGGAACAAACUGCAGCACACUGCAUCAUGUCAAGUCCCUGUCUCUGUGCCUGUCCCAUGUUUCCAGUUUUGACAGUCUCAUGUGCUAUACUACUGGCCAAGCUGAAAGGGCCAACCAGGAGCUGGAAGCCAUGUUGCGGUGCGUUGCCUCCUUCAACCAGUCCUCCUGGAGUGAGCAGGUGGCCUGGGUGGAGUAUGCCCACAACACUAGCAACUCGAUGGCCAUGGGAGUGUCUCCCUUCCAGGCAUGCAAGGGAUGCCAACCCCCGCUCCUUUCCAUCACUGAGGGAGCAGAGUCUGAAGUCUGGAGAUUGGAUGUUGACAAGGCCAUGGAGAGGAAGUGCUGGUCCAGUCCACGGUGGGAAGGUCCAUAUCGGAUGCUGCUGACGACGACCACAGCGGUGAAGAUUGCUGAAAGGAUUACUUGGAUACAUCAAGCGCACUGCAAGAAGGUGACACACAUUCAGGCCAGUAAGUGGCAGGAAGACCGGGUACAAAGGGGGGGGAAAGCCUCCAGGGCCCCUCGUCUCAAUCCGGUGAAGAAACCAACUGAGCCACAGGUACUCAUCAGAAUGGCUGGGAAUGUGCUGUGCGCCUUCUUGAGCCUGUGGACCCUGAGUAGGAUGACAGGAGCGCACUGGGACAGAGCAAACCACACCCAGUACUCGCAUGGGGUUUUCAACAACUACUGGUGGCAGUUUAAGAACACAACCGCUCACAUCAAGAACGAGACCAAUGGUUAUGCUUGUGAUGCCACUGUGACAAAGCUGAAAAACCUAAUGGAGGAUAUGGACAUUGAACAGUACUAUGGAGAGAAGCUAUCGCUUGGCAGAAUACUUGAGAUUGAUAAGAAGACCAUCACUGAUCAACCUGUCAAGAGUAAUUCAGACCUUCCUUUGUGUUUUCUAAAGAAACUGAUGAUGGUUAAUGUGACAGCGAGAGAUGUGAAAUCAGUGUGUGAAUCAGACUCUGAUGAUAAAUCACGGGAUUCAAACUUAGAUCUUGAUGAUCUGUUUGAGAGCCCAAACACUGGUAGCAAGCUAAACCCCCUUGACAUAAUCACUGGUCUCUUUCUGGGUUCUGAUGUUUUUGUACAGCAAGAAAUGGCACUAAAAAUGUCCAUGUGUCAGUUCUCUGUUCCUCUGCUGCUUCCUAACCAUGACACCAAUCAGUGCACACUCAUGCUGUGGGCCAUGAGGGACAUUGUUAAGAAGUACAGACCUCAGUCUCUGUCAAAUUCCAAGGGCUUCAUUGAAGACAGAAUUGUUCUCUCUAAACUUCCAAUGAUCUCUUUUGUCAGACUGGGUGAGUGCUCCUUGUCCAAGUCAGAGAUUCUCAAUAAACUUCUGAGCAAUUCUCAGCAGUACCAUGAUACCUUUGUUCAUCGCAACAUGGAGUGUGGUGACAGUCCAAAGACAAUAUCCAACGGAAUGACUGAAAUGACUUGGUAUCUUCCGUGUGGAAACCCUAACAUUGAUAUUUUCAGUGAGCCAGUGGCUGUAGCUAACCUUCGUGGGGACAUUGCUUCAUUUGUAACACAAUACUCCUUUUUGUGUCAGACAUCUGCAGCAGUUUUUGUGUUCUUUGACCAUUUAGAUGCUGAGUUCAGUCUACUUACCAACCAAAAGCACAAGGGACAGAUCUUCUUAGUGGGUAACUAUGAGAGUAAGCACUUCAGUAAAGAUGCUCUGAAAAACUUAGCUGCUGAAAUGGGUUUGACUAAAUACAACAUCAUUAUUAAGACAAAACUGAAAAAUGAUGCUGACUUGGUAAAAGAUCUGAGAAAAACAAUCACAGAUGUAGUUGAAAACACAAGGAUGAAGAUGACAAUAGAGCAGAUGGCAGACAUUGCCCAUGAACUGGGGAUCCUGGUUGAUGAAGACUCUCCAGAGUGCCAGACUGCAAAGAAAAAUGCAGAAGCCAUCACUGCUGAAAUUACAGACAUCCUUAAAUACAAAGAGGAUCAGCUUCCCCGGCAAGGCCAAAUAUGGAAAGAACUGACCUGUUUAGAGAAGGAAGAAUUUCGACUUCGAAAUGUUGGCUCUGAAAAUAUAGAAGUUUACAAAAGUGAACUUCAGCUAAAGAAACAAGGGAUGCGGAAAAAGCAGAUCAAGUAUGACAUGUCGACGGCUAUGACAUGCUUCAUAAACGCAAUAUCAAGCCCAGGAACAGAGAGGUUUUAUUUCCUGAAAUGGAUGCGAAUGAACCUUGAUAACCUGUCUCGUAUAAAACUGUCUGAACUUCGGGAGAAAUAUAAAGAAAUAUCCAAGAACUCUGAGAACAAAGAGGAGAUCAAAGAAAUUGACAGACAAAUUUCCAACAGCUCUCUGGGGACUGAACACUUCUUCCGUGAAAUGGGUCAGAUCUAUGAAGCUUCACUGUCCCUUCCAAAAACAGAUCGAGCUCGUAAACAGUUGCAGCAUCUGCCCAAACUGUGUGCAGAGUUGUUACUUGAUGGAUUUCCUCUUGAGCUUGUAGAUGGAGAUGCAUCCAACAUCCCUCUCAGAUGGGUGAGUGAUGUUCUCUCUCAGCUCAGUGACUUGGUGUCUCCAAACAGAAAAAUACUGGUAGUCACAGUUCUUGGAGUUCAGAGCACAGGAAAGUCCACUCUCCUUAACACCAUGUUUGGAGUGCAGUUUGCAGUCAGCAGUGGUCGAUGUACUCGAGGUGCCUUUAUGUUGCUCAUCAAAAUCAAUGAAGACAUGAAAAAAGUCCUAAACUGUGACUUCAUGGUGAUCAUUGACACUGAGGGCUUAAAGUCACCAGAACUUGCACAACUGGACAACAGUUAUGAGCAUGACAAUGAGCUUGCUACACUUGUUGUGGGGCUGAGUGAUGUCACAGUUGUCAAUGUUGCAAUGGAGAAUUCAACUGAAAUGAAGGACAUCCUACAAAUAGUUGUGCAUGCUUUUCUCAGGAUGAAGGAGGUGGGAAAAAAGCCGAAAUGUGUGUUUGUUCACCAGAAUGUGUCCGAUGUUUCAGCCCAUGAGAAGAACUCACGAGACAGGAAACUGCUCCUGGAACAGUUAAAUGAGAUGACCCAGGCAGCAGCCAAAAUGGAAAAGAAAGAGGAGAACAAGAGCUUCACUGAUGUGAUGGAUUACAGUCCAGACACUGGGAACUGGUACAUUCCUGGACUCUGGAAUGGAAACCCACCAAUGGCACCAGUCAAUGCAGGGUACAGUGAGGCUGUAUAUGAGCUCAAGAAAAACAUCAUCCAACUGCUGGGAAACUGUGAGUCGUCUGCUAAUGAUAUAUUGGAGUUUAAAAAGUGGAUGACAAGUCUGUGGACUGCAGUAAAGCAUGAAAACUUCAUCUUCAGCUUCAGAAACAGUCUAGUAGCUGAUGCAUACAUGAGACUCUGCACAGAAUUCAACAAAUGGGAGUGGGAAUUCAAAAAAGAAAUGUACACCUGGGUAACAAACGCAGAAACAAGAAUCUCCAAUUUUGGUAACCUUGCUGGUAAAUGUGAAUCUUCUGACAUGAGAGACUUUCUCACACACUUGAAAACUGAAGCCACCACAGUGCUGUCCAAAUGGGAGAAAAAGCUUCUUGACAAUCUGACACAGUAUUUCAAGCAAACAGAGGGUCAUGUUUAUCUUGUAGAAGGAUACAAAGAGGAAUUCGCAAACAGUGCAAAGAGCCUUCGGCGUGAAAUGGAAAGAUCUGUUUUUAAUCAGCUCACUGUAGCAGCAGAAAUCAGAGAGAAAAGGGCAGAAAUUGAAAAAAUCAAAGAAAAUCAUACAAAAGAGAUUGAAAAGGCAGUUUGUGCACUAAUUGAUGAAUGUCGGAAAAAGAAUAUCCAAAUGGGAAAGAUAGAACUGGAAAAUGAAUUUCACAAGAUGUGGAGUGAAACUCUGAAGAAACUUUCUUUUUCUAAACAAAGGACAACAGAUGUCUUCACCAGCGUAUAUCACUGCCUGAGAAACAAUCUGUCACACAGGGGGAGUCAUGUAUGUGAAUUGUUAAGCCAACAGCGUCUGCAAGACUGUGGAAACGAGCCUUUCAAAUAUACAAGUGAACGACAAAUGGAGAGAUUUGCUCAGAAACUGAGUAUGAUUUUCAACAUUCAAGAUCCAAUAAUGGCGGUACAAAAACUGGCUGACAGCAUCAUAGAUGCCUGCACUCAGUUUGUAAGUGAAACAGUAAAAAGAAAAAACAAUUACACUGACACUUACAUCCAGGAUAUCUUACAAAUGAUUGAGGAGAAACUACAAAAAUAUAAAGAUGUUAAGACAGACAGCAAGUUUGAAGUUUCUCUGAAACAGUACAUCUGUGGAUUUGCAGCCAGAGCGUUUCAGAAAAUGCACGAAGAUUUCAUCCAAGCAAAUGAUCCCUACAGAUGUCUGGAAAAAAACAAGGAAAAGUUUCUUGAUGAUUUCAAAGAUAUCUUCAAUAAAAGAGACCAGUGUCAGAAGAAGACAGAAGAAUUCACCAACAAAUGUUUAAAGCCUGCUGUUGAAGACUUUGUGAGUCGAUCCCUGGGACCUGAUAUCAUUGAUGAAAUGCGGAGAUGUGAGCAGUUCAGCACACGAAUGUCCUUUCAGUAUUCAGUUUUACUGGAUUUACUUUCCAACGAUGAUCUUAAAAAAUAUGUGAGCUACAUUGACUCAUAUGAGAAGUAUGUCAAGACAUGGAUACUCAACAAAAUAGUGGAGCACUUUUCAACUGUGUCAAAUAUAUCUGAGUUUGAGUACAGACAUCUCCAGUCAUGUAUCAAAAGCAUAAAUGAUUCCAUCAACAAGGCCAAAACAGGAAAGAGUGAUGACUUGAAGACAUUUGUUGAAGAUAUUUGUAAAGAACUUGGUCAUAAACUGGUCAUUUCCCAGGAUGCUGUUGGUGCUUUCAUGAUCCUGAAUAAUGCUAACAAGGAACAGUUUGCUAAAUGGCUCACAGUGUCUGUGAAUAAAAUGGAAGUUGAUGUUAAAAUAAAGUUUAAAAACUCAAACUUUGAAACGAAACUAAAACACCUCAAUGUGAAUCCCCAGAAUGAGCUUUUCAACAAACUGGUUGGUUGUGGCAAACAGUGUCCAUUCUGCAAAGCCCCCUGUGAUGCAGGAGGAGGAGGCCAUACUGAGCACUUUGCUUUACUGCAUCAGCCUCAGGGUCUGGAGGUCUUCGCGCCCUGGGGGUUCUGUCUCAUUUCUGCCAGAGGUUUCCACACCUGGUGGUUCUAUCUCACCUCAGCCCGGGGUCUCAACAACUGCUGGCUCUGUAUCUGUCUCCACUGGGGGGUCGGAGGGGUUCAGCUGUCUACUGUUCCUGCUGGAGGUCCAAAGGGGUUGCUUCAGCCUUUUGUCUGA